AUGGACCCUGUUGAGCUGCACUACUCAGCGGCGGAGCUUGUCAAUAAAUUGACUGAGCACAUCGAAGGCCCUCAUGGGCUGGGCUUUAUGAGCCCUGCUAUCUAUGAUACAGCAUGGGUCUCGAUGGUUCAGAAAUCCGUGGGGGAACAUAUGACCUGGUUGUUCCCCGAUUGUUUUGAGUAUAUUCUUCAUAAUCAACUUGAGGAUGGAAGCUGGAUCACGUAUGCCUCACAAAUUGACGGGAUAUUAAAUACUGCUGCAUCUCUUUUAUCGCUGAAGCGACAUUUCAACACACCCUUUCAGAGCAGUAUCAUCUCCCAGGACAGCCUAGAGGAUCGUAUCGAACAAGCCACAAAUGCCUUGCAGGCGCUUCUUCAAGCAUGGGACGUCGACUCUACACUACACGUGGGAUUUGAGAUUCUUGUCCCCGCUCUUCUAGGCUACCUGGAAGCAGAAGGAAUCGCCUUUUUCUUCCCUGGACAUGAUAGACUCUUUGAAAUCCGAGACCAGAAACUGGCGCGUUUCAAGCCGGCAUUUCUCUAUGCACCUGUUCAAACAACCGCUUUGCAUUCAUUGGAGGCAUUCAUCGGGUUGAUUGAUUUUGACCGUGUACGUCAUCAUAAGGUCAAUGGCGCUUUUAUGGCAUCCCCCUCGUCAACUGCCGCUGUACUCAUGCAUGCUUCUGAAUGGGAUGAAGAGUGUGAGCAAUACCUUUACCAUGUUAUCCAGAACGCGUCUGGAAAGGGCUCCGGGGGUGUACCAAGCGCUUUUCCGUCCACUAUCUUUGAAAUGACUUGGACAUUGUCGACACUCCUCAAGGCUGGAUUUGACCUAAAUCCGAAGUCCUUGCUGUCCGUUCAGAAAGCUAGCUUGUUUUUGCAUAAUACAAUUACCACGAAUGAAGGAACCAUGGGGUUUGUGCCCCUCGUUUGCGCCGAUGCAGAUGAUACAGCCAAGACAAUUCUCGUGCUUAAUUUGCUUCAACAGCAGGUAUCUCCAGAUGCAAUGCUGAAAGCUUUUGAAGCAGAUUAUCACUUCAAAACGUAUCCCCAUGAGCGCGAUGCAAGCUUUUCAGCCAACUGCAAUGUUCUACUGGCGCUACUACACACUCAUAACCCAUCCCAGUAUGAACCUCAAAUUGAGAAAGCAACCCGUUUUCUGCACACACACUUUCGGGAAUCUGAAUUAAACGUUCGCGACAAAUGGAAUCUCUCCCCUUUAUACUCGUGGAUGCUUAUGACCCAGGCCAUCACCCGUCUAUAUGAGCUUUGGCAAACCUUUGAAUUACUGCCCCUGAAAAACACUCUUGGGGAAGAUCUUUGCCUACUGCUACGUGACAUGACUAUUUCUGUCCUACACCAACAGAAUCAGACGGGUUCAUGGGGCACCAGAGGCUCCAAGGAGGAAACCGCAUAUGCGGUACUCAUUCUCACACACGCGGUGGAAUUUAAGUUUCCCGACGUACCUCAUCUCCAGAAGGCAAUUUGCGAUGGCUAUUCAAUUCUUUGUUCGGAAACUUUGGUGGGCUCGGAGCGUCUGUGGGUGGAGAAGGUCACAUAUGAAUCAGAAGUUCUCACGCAGGCAUAUACACUGGCGGCGUUGAAGAGCGCGACGGAUUUACGAGACGAAGAUGUGAAUGAGGCUAAAGCCCCUUUAACUAAUGGGAUGAAUGGCCAUCUUUCUGAAGCUCACGAGGCUCAAAGAAACGGUACAAAUGGCCUGGGAACGCAUACCCCUAAGAUCAAUGGGACUGAAACCCAGGCAACUGUUCCUGACAUGCUGCCGGACGCCGUUACCAUUCAAGGUCGUCCAAAUGGAGAACAUAAUAGUGAUAGCAUGGAGACUAGAGCAUUUUGUGAAACUCGUUCCACCAGCUUCAGCCACCGACCAAAAUGGACUGAUGAACAGGAAAAAAUCCUGCUGGGACCAUUCGAUUACCUCGAAGCCCUCCCGGGCAAAAACAUGAGAGCUGCAUUCAUUCAGGCCUUCAAUACCUGGCUACAAGUUCCUCUGAAGCAAUUACAGAUUGUGGAAAAGGUUAUUUCCAUGCUUCACACUGCGUCCCUUCUUGUCGACGAUAUUGAAGAUAAUUCCCAGCUGCGACGCGGGCAACCAGUGGCGCACAGCAUCUUCGGCGCGGCGCAAACUUUCAACUCUGGAAAUUAUGUCUACUUCCUUGCACUGCGUGAGAUCCAGAAGUUGAAUAGCCCACGGGCGAUUGAGAUUUAUGUUGAUGCCCUGAUCCACCUACACCGUGGGCAAGGCAUGGAUGUCUUCUGGCGCGAUUCACUCAUCUGUCCCACGGAAGAGGAGUAUCUGGAUAUGGUCAGCAACAAGACAGGUGCUCUGUUUUGUCUCGCCAUUGAGCUUCUACAAAUUGACAGCGCUGUUGAGGUGGAUCUUGUCCCGCUAGUCAAACUAUUUGGAAUUAUUUUCCAGAUUUCUGAUGACUACCUGAAUCUGAAGUCACCUAGCUAUUUGCAGAAGAAAGGUCUAUGUGAAGAUCUCACCGAGGGAAAAUUCUCUUUCCCUAUUAUUCACAGCAUUCGCUCGAAUCCUACAAAUCGGCAGUUAAUCAAUGUUUUGAAACAGAAGCCUCAGGAUGAGGAUAUCAAGCGAUAUGCGGUUGCAUACAUGGAAAGUACCAACACCUUUGAAUAUACAAGGGAAUUUGUUGCGAGUCUCAAGAUCGAGGCUUUGAAUAUGAUUGGGAAAUUGGAGAAGGAGGGACUCGGCGAGAAUCUUGCGAUACGGAAGAUCUUGGCUCGGAUGUCUGUUGAUGAGUAA